AUGUAUCGACACACGGCGAUAAAGUCCGCAACAUCGACGAAGCCUGGAGGUGGAGCUACGGUGGCGAAGAGUCCGUAUGCGAAAGUGGAGGCGGAGCUUCCCGAUUCGCGGAAGAGCUUGACGGACUUUUUGGAGGAAGCGAGAGAGUUCGUCGGAGAUGAAGGUCCGCCUCGUUGGUUCUCACCCUUGGAGUGCGGUGCUCAAGCUCCAGGAUCUCCUCUCCUCCUUUUUAUACCUGGUUCAUCAUCUAGAUUCUUCUUUGGAGCUUAUGGCUGCUCCACCUAA